AUCUCAACUCACAGGCUUCACUUUCCCGUUUCUCUCCCCCAUCCCGGAGAGGGAGGGGGGAGGGUGAGCGACCGGCUGUGUGGUGUUUGGCUGCCAGCCGGGCUAAACCACAACACUUCUUCACCAUGAAAGAGGGGAGAGGGACAAAACCCCCGUGAGCGGCUCCCCGCCAUAACCGCGGACACGGGACGCGAACCCGCGUCUCACCGAGGUCGCCUUUUACCCUCCCGCCUCACCAUGAGGGACGGGGAGAGCUCUCGCGAGAAAUCGCCGUGAAGUCUCGCGAGAGGCGCUGCGGGCGGCUCUGUGGCGCCUCUCGCAGGCGCUUCCCCCCCUCAACAGCCGCCAUGGCGGCGCCCGCCUCGCCCGGCCGCCGCAGCCGCUUCGAGCAGGAGCAGGAGCGCGCCGUCCGCGCCCUGGUGCGCAGCGUCACCGGGCUGCCCGAGGGCAGGGAGCAGCGGCAGCAGGAGGAGCAGGAGCCGGGCGGCGGCCGGUUCCAGACGGCGCUGGAUUUCGCCUGGUCCAACUUCAGAUUUCACCGUUUUCUGGAUGUGAACAGUCAUAAAGUAGAGAGGACAAUAGAAGGAAUACAUGAAAAAUUGAUAGUUCAUUCUGACCUUGGAAAAGCUGCAAGCUGGAAAAGACUAACAGAAAAGUUUCUGAACUCACCGCUCCCAAAUAUUGAAGAAACAAAAACAGAUACACACUAUUCCAUACUGUCUCUUCUGUUGUGUUUGUCUGAUUCUCCAUCCAACACCACCUAUGUGGAAAAACCAAGACAAAAAGAGACAGAUUCCUUUUUGAAUGAUCUCUGCACAUUCCCUCGGCGGUGUUUUGAAUGCACUUUCAGCCCAUUCCAGGAAUGUGAAUAUGAAGAGGUUAUCUCAAACAGCACUAAUUACAAAAAGGAAGAAGAAUUUGAUUGGGGAAAGUAUUUGUUGGAAGGAGAAGAAAUUUACCUUGGCCCAGGUGUGGAUUCACCGGAUUGGUCUGGAGAAAGUGAAGAGGAGGAAGGUACUCAGCCUUUGAGUAGGGAGGACUCGGGUAUUCAAGUGGAUAGAACACCAUUAGAAGACCAAGAUCCAAACAAGAAAACAGUACCUAAUGUUUCCUGGAAAGUCGGUGAACCUGAUGCCCGCAGCUGGCUGGAGCAGCAUGUAGUUCCUCAGUACUGGACAGGAAGAGCUCCUCGCUUUUCACAUAGUUUGCACUUGCAUUCCAACCUAGCUGCGGUCUGGGACCACCACUUGUACGCCAGUGAUCCUUUGUAUGUGCCAGAAGAGAGAACACUAGUCACUGAAACUCAGGUUAUACGGGAAACUCUUUGGCUACUUUCAGGAGUGAAAAAGCUUUUCAUAUUUCAGCUGAAUGAUGGCAAAGUGGCUGUGCGCAACGAUAUUAUUGUAACUCAUUUAACCCAUAAUUGUCUAAGAUCUGUAUUGGAGCAGAUAGCAGCAUAUGGUCAAGUCGUGUUUAGACUACAGAAGUUUAUUGAUGAAGUGAUGGGACACAGCCCGGAAAACACAAUGCAUGGAACUGUUUCCACUCCAAAGAAAACUACUGAAGCCCCAUUCAGAACCUACCAAGCUUUUAUGUGGGCCUUAUAUAAAUAUUUCAUUAGCUUUAAAGAAGAACUUACGGAAAUUGAAAAAUGCAUCAUCAACAAAGACAAAACAGUCACACUUUCAAUAGUAAUAGAUAAGCUGUCUCCCCGGCUGGCACAGCUAAAGGUACUUCACAAAGUUUUUAGCACAGGAGUAGCAGAAGUUCCACCCGACACCAGAAAUGUUGUACGAGCAUCUCAUCUGCUUAAUACUCUCUACAAAGCUAUUCUGGAAUAUGACAGUGUUGGAGAAGCAUCAGAGCAAACGGUGUCCCUUCUGUUCUCUCUCUGGGUUGAGACUGUGAGGCCCUACUUACAGACAGUGGAUGAAUGGAUAGUCCAUGGUAAUUUGUUUGAUCCUGCAAAGGAAUUUAUCAUUCAGAGAAACAAAAAUGUUCCAGUUAAUCACAGGGAUUUUUGGUAUGCUACUUACACAUUAUAUAGUGUGUCAGAAAAGACAGAGAAUGAAGAGAAGAUGAGCGAUAAUGCCAGUGCCAGUUCUGGCAGUGAUCAAGCCCCUUCAAGCAGGCAACACACUAUGGUAUCCUUUCUGAAACCUGUGCUAAAGCAAAUCAUCAUGGCUGGAAAAUCCAUGCAGCUGUUGAAGAAUCUUCAGUGCAAAGAUGGCUCUCCGCAGCAGGCUGCAUCAAGGGAUGCUGAAAGAAAGAGUUUGUAUACACUGUUCUUGGAGUCAGUGCAGUCUCGCCUGCGGCAUGGGGAAGAGUCUGUUCCAGAUAUUAUUACAGAACAGCAGGCCACAAAGCAGAGCCUGAUAAAGAUGCAAUCUAUAGCAGAAAGACACUUGGAACUGGAUGAUGUCCAUGACCCACUGCUGGCUAUUAAUUUUGCUAGAUUAUAUUUGGAACAGAGCGACUUCCACGAGAAGUUUACUGGUGGGGAUGUUUGUGUGGAUAGAUCCUCAGAAUCGGUCACCUGCCAGACUUUUGAAUUGACUCUGAGGUCUUGCCUUUAUCCUCACAUAGACAAGCAGUACUUGGAAUGCUGUGGUAAUCUGAUGCAAACUUUAAAGAAGGAUUAUAGGCUUGUAGAAUAUUUGCAAGCAAUGAGAAACUUUUUCUUGCUUGAAGCUGGAGAUACUAUGUACGAUUUCUAUACAUCCAUUUUUGACAAAAUACGAGAAAAGGAAACUUGGCAGAAUGUUGCUUUCUUAAAUGUUCAACUUCAAGAAGCAGUAGGGCAACGUUAUCCAGAGGACAGUUCAAGGUUGUCUAUAUCAUUUGAAAGUGUUGAUACAGCUAAGAAGAAACUUCCUGUCCACACCUUAGAUGGCUUGACAUUAAGUUAUAAGGUUCCUUGGCCUGUGGAUAUAGUUAUAAGCUUAGAGUGCCAAAAAAUUUACAAUCAAGUAUUUCUGCUCUUACUGCAAAUAAAGUGGGCCAAGUAUAGCCUAGAUGUUUUACGAUUUGAUGAACUAGUCAGUGCUGCAGAAAACUCACAGGUUAAGGAAGGAACUUCAUUAGAACACGGAACACUUCCUCUAUUUGGACUGCAAACAGAAAGUAUAAAACAACAAAUACAUCGCAUGUUCCUCUUACGAGUGAAACUUAUGCAUUUUGUUAACAGCCUGCACAACUACAUCAUGACAAGGAUUCUUCACAGUACGGGCUUGGAGUUUCAGCACCAGGUAGAAGAAGCCAAAGAUUUAGAUCAGUUGAUAAAGAUUCAUUACAGAUAUCUGUCUACAAUCCAUGAUCGCUGCCUGCUGAGGGAAAAGGUGAGCUUUGUGAAAGAAGCUAUAAUGAAAGUGUUAAAUUUGGUACUGAUGUUUGCAGACCGUUGGCAAGCUGGUUUGGGGGCUUGGAAAAUGGAAUCCAUAGAGAAGAUGGAAUCUGAUUUUAAAAACUGUCACAUGUUUCUUGUAACUGUCCUCAACAAAGCUGUCUGUCGAGGCUCGUUUCCUCACUGUAAGUACAUGAGGCUUUUCGUAAACCUGCACUUCUUGGGACACAAGCUUUAAUUAUGAAUAUAUUUAUAUUUUAAUCUGUCCAUACAUCUUAAAAUAUGUAGUUUGUGAAAGGUAUCCAGAGAGGCACGAAGUCUUACUUUUUAAUAAGUUCAAUCGUUAUUCUUGUAGUAUGUGUACCGUAGUUUAUUUUUUAUGACAGUUAUCUUCAGUUUACCGCUUUGCUUGAGGAAAAGGUGACUGAUGUAGCCAAGAAAUUAACAGGCAGUCUUCUAAACGAAUAAAUGAAACCAAGACCUGGAGAGCAUAUAAAAGCAUUCUUUCUGAUGUGGUUGGGUGACAGCUGUGAUACAUCUUGAACAAAUAAAAUUUUAGUAUUAUGAUGACUUAGUUGCAGCUGCUCAGAGCUCUUGGCUCUGCCCAUCCAUGUAGGAGGUUGCUUCAUCAGUAGUAGAAACAGCAGCGCAGUGGCUGUGCUUCUACUCGCAUCCCAAUAUUGGCUUAAAUUGCUAAUCAAUGCCAGUUUGAAUUAGGGGGGCAACUUCUGAAUGGGGUUGGCUGGGAUGCACAUGGAUAUUCACCUUGCUUCUCCUUUAUGAGCAGUACUCUCCAAAAGGAAGCAGGAUGGGCUUCUAAAAGAGGUUUGUCUUAUAUUGCUGCUAUUUAGUCUACAAGAGCUUGUCUGCAAGAACAGUUUGUGAGAAUGGCUUACUGCACGUAACUCCCACCAACUUUUAUUCAUUUUUUUAUAUACAGACAUCAGUAUUUCUUCAGUUAGCUCAUUUCUUGACAGCUCUUAUCAGUUUUCCAUUAGUUAUUUCAGGUGGUAACGAAAAUAGCAAUAUGUUGCCUGAAAUGUCAGAUUCGUAAAGUUUAAAAUGUCUUGCCAUGUUAAAUCCGGAAGUGUUAAAAUAUUAAAAAUAAGCUGGUAUCUUCCUUUUUAAACUACAACAUUGAAUAUUACAGUGAAUGUUUGCAGACUGGUGAAAAUGCAAAUACUAACUUUUUUAUGGUUUGGUUCACAGUGGAAUCGUUAGCUUUGUCACUGAUGGCUGGCAUGGAACAAAGUUAACACUUGAAUCUGAACUACUAAGCAACUGAAAGUAGUGUUUACAUUGAAUUUCCAUUGUUAACUGUGAGCAUUUUACACCCCAUUUUGAAAUGUGUCUAGCUAAAUGAUACUGAUGGAGUUGUGUAAAGUAUGUUAAAAUGUAAAUAAUGUACAGGUAUUUAAGUGUGUUGGUUGUGGCUGUACUUUUCUCUGUAUGUAUGUGCUUUAACAUCAGAAAACGUGCAGUGUAAAACACAUCCUUUGUAAACAAUCUCACUUGAGAAUAUGUAAACUAUUUCAUGCUGUAUAAAGGAUUUUUUUUUUAUUAUAAAUAACUGUUGAUUUACUGUUUCCAUUAAUUUUGCAGCUCUGAAUAGGUCACAUGGCAAUGUGGAGUGGUAUGACUCAAUUCUUAUUAUUCAAAAGUUUGGUUGAGUUCAUUUUAGCUUCUUUUUUACUUUGAGAAAAGGAAUCAUAUUUGCCUAAUGGUUCUUAAGAACUCUUAAGGAACAGUUAAGACUUACAAUAAACUGGUAUAACAAAAUACAACAUCAAUUUAAUUAAAGUAUAUUAUUGCAGACCAUAAAAUAGCAGUAUUUUUUAAUUUAAAUGAACGAGGUUUACUAAUUUUAGCGGUAAACUCUUGUCAGUUUAAGCAUAGUCAAGAUCACGGUGUGUAAUAUAUUUAUUUUAACUACUGGAUUGAUGAGGUGUUUCAGAGGUGGUCAGAUAUGACUUGACCCUUCUUCUUCAAAGCCUCUUGCAAACGAACAUCUAAUAACUGACUUCUUGUGAAGAGGUAGAUCAUAAUAUAGAAGGGUACAUUUUUAGAUAAGUAAAUGUGGGGCUUGUUCUGCACAUGAUGACUUGACCUGUCUUCUCCCCAUGGAAUUUUCUCCGUAAUUCUGGCAUCGAUGCACCUGCAUUUUAAAAGAGAAUAUCGAUCACAGCCAUUUACCUUUUUAUUUAUUUGAAUAAAUAAAAGAUUUAAUAAUUGGAA